CCCCCACACUAGGGCCCCUCUCUCACCCCCACACUAGGGCCCUUCUCUCACCCCCAAACACACCGGGGCCCCUCUCCUACCCCCACAGUAGGGCCACUCUCACCCCCACAAACACACCGGGCCCCUCUUUCACCCACAAACACACCGGGGCCCCUCUCCUACCCCCACACCAGGACCCCUAUGCUAGCAACAGCGAUGGAUGCUGCAGACGAUGGUGAGACCUCCCUCAAAGAGCAAAUCAGGAGACUGACCAACGAAAAUGUUCAGCUGCAGGAUCGGAAUGAGAGGUUAUAUGCCAAGCUGGGUGAGUUACAGGAUAAGAUGGGCAAGCUGGCCGGGUCCAAGACAGACCUGUCUUCCAAACUUGUACUCAGUGAGGAAGAAAAACUCAAGAUCUCUAAGGAACUAAUUGAACUUCAGAUUGAGACAAACAAGAUACGAGAGCACUAUGAAGCAGAGACAUUUGAACUCAAGAACACUAUCUUGACUCUAGAGAACCGCUUGAUGUCGCUGGAACUGCAGAAGGAGAAACUGGCUGGAGAACAUGAAGCGGUGAAAGAACGUCUGCAAACAGUUGAAGUAAACCGCAAAGAGCUUGCAGACGAGUACAUUGUUCUGAAGAGCAACUACCUGGCCCUCAGCAAGGAGCAUGAAAAGGAGGUUGCUAAGAAUGAUGAGCUGAGCAUGGAACUUCUUAAUUUAGUCAGUCAGAGGGGACAAGAUGAGACCUACUCCCAAUCCCGAGUUUUGGUUAAUGAAGCCACAGCAGAGCUUGAGCGAGUCAAAGCAAUGGUCAACAGACUCACAGCCCGCAACAUCAAGCCUGAGGAUGUGGUGGCUACAGAAUAUGAACGGCAGAAACUGGAGAGAAAUCUUCUGGGGAACCAGGAUCACAUCAGGGAGGAGAUAGACAAUAUAAAGAAGAUUCACGAGACUCAGCAGCAGAGACUGGAGGAAAGAAUAGUUGCAAUGGGCAAAGAGCUACAGGAAGCCAAAAGAGCCAUUCGCAACACCCAGCACAAGAUGGCGGAGCAAAUGGCGGUUCUACUGACAUCCCAGAGCCAAUUGCAAGAGGUGGAGGCACAGAAUUCCCAUCUCCAGCUGCAGCUCAAGGAGCUCAAUGAGGAAUAUCGCUCCCGGCUAAACCGCUAUAUCCAGGAUCUGGCAGAGUAUGUGGACGGGGCAGCGAGGGCCGGGGGCAAAUCGCAGGCAGAUUCCAGCAGAAUAAAAGCCUUUGUGGACAGUAUGCUCAGCGACAUGAAGGCCUCUCACCGGUCCCGGGAGGAGCAGUUGGCGGGGGCUGCGCGGCAGUACAAGAAACGCAUGCAGAACCUCAUCAGGAAGCAUGAAAGUCUGCUCAUUGCGUACCGAAUGCAGCGGGAGCAAAUGAUGGCAUCAGGGAACCAGGACACGGACCCCGGGCCCCCCGAGCACCAUUUCUCCAUCACUGACCCCGAGCUGCAGUCUCAGGCGGGACAAGAGCUCAACCUUCUGCGGGAGGACAAAGCCCGUCUGGAAACCCAAGUCCGGGAUUUAAAGGAGAAGAAGAGGCUGGGAGACACUGGGACAGCCAAUCAGCACGUGGAACACAAUGGGGCGCUAAAUGAAGAAAGUUGGGCGGAGAUUCGAAAGCAACUGCGAGAAUUCACUCACAACACGCAGGAGGAACUGGAGAAGGAGAGGAGCCAACUGCUGUCCAGGGCACUAGUGGCAGAGGAGCAAGUAGCGGAACUACAGGACUAUGUGGACAAACAUCUGGCAAGGUACAAGCAGGAGAUUAUGCGCCUACGGAAACUCCUGGGGAGCGAAGGGCCGAGAGCUGUUAGUGCCGAUGCCCCCCAGCCAUUCCUCAGCAGAGCUGUCCGACGAAACAGCCACGAGAUGUGAGAUAUCGCCUAGUGGGCAUAAUUGGUACUGCAGCCUCAUUCUAACUGUGUAUUCCUCCAACCCAAUUGCCCCCCGGUGUCAGACACAGCAAGUGACUGACCCAAUACCAACAGAACUUUCCAUAUGUAUAUGAUCCCCUAGAAUCUCACACACACACAUAUAUAUAUAUAUAUCUCAGCCAGCGACUGACCCAAUACCAACAGAACAUUACAUACACACACAUAUAUAUAUAUACAUCUCAGCCAGCGACUGACCCAAUACCAACAGAACAUUACACACACAUAUAUAUAUAUCUCAGCCAGCGACUGACCCAAUACCAACAGAACAUUACACACACACACAUAUAUAUAUACAUCUCAGCCAGCGACUGACCCAAUACCAACAGAACAUUACACACACACACAUAUAUAUAUACAUCUCAGCCAGCGACUGACCCAAUACCAACAGAACAUUACACACACACACAUAUAUAUAUAUAUACAUCUCAGCCAGCGACUGACCCAAUACCAACAGAACAUUACACACACACACAUAUAUACAUCUCAGCCAGCGACCCAAUACCAACAGAACAUAUUUAUAUGAGAGAUUUGCUGAACAACAAUAAAUAUAUGUGGGUUAAAACCCCAUUUUGUACAGAAAUAAAACAUC